AUGGCUUCCUCUCCGAAGGAGUCAAAGAAGGUCAUUGAGGGUAUUUUUGCAAUCAACAAGCCACAAUGGCAAUCCUCCGCCGGCGUACUCCGCGAUCUGCAAACCCACUUUAAUACCUCCGCUCUCUUCACUCCCUGGCUCGACUCCCAACGCCGAAACCUCGUCCUCUCCAACGCUAGACCGAAAAACAUCCGCAACCUGCAAGUCAAGCUCGGGCACGGGGGCACCUUAGACCCGCUCGCGACCGGCGUCCUCAUUGUCGGUGUCGGCCGCGGAACUAAAACCCUCCAGCGCUUCCUCGAAUGCACGAAAACAUACGAAUGCGUGGUUUUGUUUGGGGCGGCGACGGACAGCUAUGAUGCGGUGGGGAAGGUGGUGGGGAAGAAGCCAUAUGGGCAUGUUACGAGAGAUAUGGUGGAGGGGGCACUGGAGGGGUUUCGGGGGAAGAUUAUGCAGAGGCCGAGUGUGUUUUCGGCGCUGAAAGUGAACGGCAAGAAGAUGUAUGAGUAUGCGCGAGCUGGGGGAGAGAUCCCUGAGGUGCAAGCGAGAGAGGUUGAGGUGCGUGAAUUGGAGAUGGUGGAGUGGCUGCAUCCGGGGAGUCAUAGUUUCACUUGGCCAAAAGAGGAGGUUGACGGUGUGGAGAAAGUAGGGGCGGAGAAGUUGAUGGGUGUUCGGGACCCAGGCGAUGUGGGCGAAGACAGCCUCGAGACGCGCGGAAUAAAAAGAACGAGAUUAGAAGAAGCAGACGAGGACGAAGACCACAUCACGAACUCGGGAUCGCAUCCUAAGAAACCCAAAACCGACGACGAGCCUGCCAUGUCCGGUGCACUCCCAAUCCCUGACGCUCAACCAGAAGCCUCUGUAGAAGCACCUAACGAAGCACCCCAAAACCAAUCCAUAACCAACUUAUCACUCGAACCCAAACCUCCGGCAGCCCGCCUCCGCAUGACUGUAACCUCCGGUUUCUACGUCCGCAGCCUGUGUCACGACCUCGGUCUCGCCCUAAACACCUUCGGGCUCAUGUCCUCUCUAAUCCGCACCCGACAAGGCGACUACUCCCUCAAGGAAAACGUCCUCGAAUAUAGUGACCUCGAAGCAGGACCUGAGGUCUGGGAACCCAAGGUCCAGCAACACUUAGAGGCGUUUAUGGAGAAGGAGGGGUGGGAGCAGGAGGCUGUCAUUGAAGAUGAAGAGUGGCGGGAGAAGCUUAAGGAGUUAAUGAAAGAUAGGAAGGAAGGUGACAGGGAUCGGUCGUUCCAAGGUGGGAGGAAGAAUUGGAAUGGAAAUGGGAAUAAGAAGGGAAAGGGGAGGAACUAUUACUCAAAGGAUAUGAAUGGUGGUGGAGGUGGUGGUGGAGGCGGAAGUGGAUGGAAAGGGAAGCAUGGAAAGAAUUUCCGUGGGGGUGCAUUUAACUAG